AUGCAUAUUCUGAAUUGGGUUCCAGCUCUUUUGUUCGUCUCCGCAUUCUUUGGUUUGUUUGUGGAGUCUUUGGGUGAAGCAACCCCAGUUUCCUCAGGGUCGGAUAGAGCUGCACUUCUUGGAUUCAAGGCCAAAAUCGUAAAGGACACAACUGAUAGUCUCUCUACUUGGAUCAGCAAGGACUGCUGCGAUGGAGGUUGGGAAGGUGUUGAGUGCAAUGAAGCUGGGAGAGUCACUGUACUCCAGUUACAGAGACCAGAGAAAGACAGUACACUUUACAUGAAAGGCACUCUGUCCUCUUCUCUGAGCAAUUUGCCUUUCUUGGAAGUGUUGGUGAUAAGUGGUUUGAAGCAAAUCACUGGUCCAAUUCCUCAAGGCUUCUCAAAUUUAAUUCAUCUCACUCAGCUAUCCCUCGAGGACAACUCUCUCACAGGUAGUAUCCCUCCUGGUUUAGGUCGUUUGCUCUUACUUCAGGGGCUUUCAUUGAGUGGCAACCAUUUGACUGGGGAGAUUCCUUCGAGUCUAGGAAAUCUCAGAAAUCUUCGACAGUUGAAUUUGGCAAGAAACUCUCUUAGAGGUUCAGUCCCACCCACUUUGCAAAAUAUUCACGGUUUGCAGUACCUUGAUCUCAGUCACAAUCAACUGUGUGGGUUACUCCCAGAGUUUUUAGGUCAUUUCCAAAACAUCACCUUUCUUGACCUUUCCUAUAACCGAUUGUCAGGGCAGAUGCCCAUUUCAUUGUUCAGUUUGGCCAAGCUUCAGGACUUGUCCUUGAGCCAUAACCAGCUCACAGGUAAAAUACCAGCUCAAAUUGAAGGCUUGAAAUCCCUUACUAGUCUCUCUCUGAGUGCAAAUAGGUUCAGUGGUAAUAUUCCUGCAUCUGUUUCAAGAUUGCAGAAUCUUUGGUACCUUAACCUGUCCAGAAAUGCACUCUCCAAUCCUCUACCAAAUACUUUAGCCAGGGGAAUCCCUUCUCUUUUAUCAAUAGACCUCUCCUACAAUAAUCUCAGCUUGGGGAUUGUUCCGGAUUGGAUCAAAAGUAGACAGCUUUCUGAUGUCCACUUAGCAGGUUGCCAACUCAAAGGAAUCCUCCCAAGCUUCACCAGCCCAGAUUCUUUGACCUCCAUUGACUUGUCGGACAAUCACUUCAGUGGCGGGCUUGCAAGGUUCUUCACCAACAUGUCAAGUCUGCAAAAGCUCAAGCUCUCAAACAACCAACUCAAGUUUGAUCUUUCCCAAAUGAAUUUGCCAGAAGGGCUCACAGUCAUCGAUUUCAGCUCAAAUCAAAUUGUUGGACCCCUCUCGAAGAUCAUAAACAAUGGGACAAGUGGCUUUUUGGAGGUUUUAGAUGUAUCAAGGAAUCUAAUUUCAGGUAAAUUCCCAGAGUUCAGAGAAGGAUUGAGGUUGAAAACACUCAAUGUAGCAAGUAACAAGAUCAGUGGAGUACUCCCCAGUUCAAUUUCCAACUUGAUUAACCUUGAAAAGCUAGACAUUUCAAGAAACCUCAUUACAGGCACUAUCCCAACAAGUCUAGGACUUCUGAUAAAACUUCAAUGGCUUGACCUCUCCAUCAAUGCCCUGUCAGGAAAAAUUCCAAAUAGCUUAUUGGGAAUUGAAGCUAUGAGACAUGCAAGCUUCAGGGCAAACAGAUUAUGUGGAGAGAUCCCACAAGGCAAGCCAUUUAACAUCUUCCCUGCAGCUGCUUAUGCCCAUAAUCUGUGUUUAUGUGGCAAGCCCUUGGCACCUUGCAGGGGAAAGAAAACAGCAGAGAAGAGCCAGUAAAAUGCUGACUCCGUUGCUCAAAGAUAUGCUCAUGUCAUAUGAGCAUUUUCACAUAUUAAUUCCACUAUUCCAUUUCCACCUAUAUAAUAUUUAUUCAUUUUCACAUUUAGUUACAUCAAUGAAAUUGCUUUUACCAUUCUA